AGUGUGGCCAGAGUACGCAGUUGUGUUAAUAAGAGUGUGCAGAACACUGAACGCUCAUUCUGCUGUGGGACUGAACACGGCAUGACAAUGAGAGGCUCUGUCCUGAUUUCACUCUGCAUCCUGAUCCAGCUGUGUCUACAAAACACGGUGAAAGCAGAGGACGGACCUGUCCUACAAACCAAGUAUGGUGCCCUGAAAGGUGAAUAUAUGAAAGCAAAGGGAAAGGACACAGUUGUCCACUCCUACCUGGGCAUUCCGUUUGCCAAGCCACCCGUGGGCCCAUUGAGAUUUUCUCCUCCACAGCCUGCAGAGAAAUGGGCCGGAGUGAGAGACGCUACAAAGCAGCCGUUAAUGUGUCUGCAGGAUAAGCAGUUAGCUAAAGACUUGGUAGCUAGUUUGUCUAUGAAUGCAGAGUUUCCUGACUCAUCAGAGGACUGUCUUUACCUGAAUGUCUACACACCUUCUAAACCUGGAGCAAAUGACAAGUUGCCUGUACGUGUUACUGAUCUGGAUGAACUUUAUUUUCAUGUAUAUAU